AUGACGAUCAUGACGACUCUGGCAAUACUUCCACUUCUUCCUAUGCUAGUGCUUUCUCUAUCCAAUGAAUACAACAUCAAAGCAGGAAAAAAUGUUGAGUUGCUUGAGCACAUGUUGUAUAUGGCGCUAUGUGCUGGCGCUACCAAUCCUGCUAAAUGUAUUCCUCAGCACUUCGUUUAUACCAUACUCAAAACAUUCUCGGCAGACUGCAGUGAUACCAUUCUGAAGGGAGAAUGUCGAGCAACGGUAGUAUUCAGCGCCAAAGAGUUAGCAUUGGGGAUAUUCUUCAAAGGACCAACGAAAAUUGCCGCAUUUAAAUCAUCUGCGGCGAAUGCCCUAUCAGCUCAGUCCUUGGUUGAUUUUAAUGGCAGGGGCCGGGUUGGAGAUCAAUUUCUGAUCACAUUUAAUAGACUAUGGAAUGUCCAAGGCUUAGGCUCAUACGUUAAUGAGCUGUGGACAGAGUACUGUGAUCUUACUCUCAUGGUUGGAGGACACUCGAUCGCAUCAUGUAAUGCGCAAAUGGCGGCCGUAUCCAUUAGGAGUGCGGGCAUGUGGAGGAAAAAGAAAAUUAUCUAUUACGGAUAUGGCACUCCACGCUGCGGCGAUCAGGAGUUUGCUGCUCGAAUGGAUGAAGCGGCUUACCACAGAUAUCGUAUAAAUUGGUUGGCUGACAAUAUUCCGGUAAAUGACUUUCCUUGUCCUAUCGUGCAUGACGACAGUGCUCUUGAUUGCAACCUCCUGAAUUUUUCCUGA